AACAACAAGCAAACACACACACGCACACACCCGCUGAGACGCAUCUACGCAUACCUACAUACAUACGUACGCGUACGCACGCAUAUUCACACAUAUUACGCACACAUACAUACACGCACCCACACAUAUACACGCACACACGCCACACACGCCAUCCAACCCCCUCCCCCCCCUUGGCCAAGAUGCCGGUCUAUCUCACGCGCCAAGUGUUCGAGUGCCUGGACUCAGUGUACUGCAAGGUGUGGGCGGUGGGGUCCGGGGACAACACGAUCGUGGUGGAGACGCAGCAGGUGCCGUCGCGGUGUCCGGCGUGCGCGCUGCUGGUCGACUUCCCGGCGUCGGGCACGAUCCGGGCGACGGGCACGGCGCGCCUCAUCGGCGACGUCCUGCCGCCGCGCCAGAUGCGCCGCCUCACCCGCUGCGUCGACCAGCUCAGCACCGUCAAGCGCCAGUGCAUCGCCGCCGGCGUCUGGGGCCGCUCCCGCACCGACGAGCUCCGCCUCACCCGCCGCCUCGACAAGCUCAUGGCCGGCAUCGCCGGCGAGUGGACGCUCGCUAGGAUGCGCGUCCUGCUCCUCGCCCUCGUCCGCUUCCCUGACAAGGUGCCACCCCAGGCCUCCAAGAUCAUACGUUCCAUCUGAGUACCUAGAGUGUGUCAUAUUAUUAUACCUAUGUAGAAGACGGGAUCAACGGUGGCUGUCGGUUGUGGAGGCGGAACCCGUUAAUGUAGGUAGUAGGUUAUUAAAUAAUAGUAGGUGAGUUAGCAUAACGAUUUGAUUUGACCACGAACUAAACCU